UCCGCAGUGCUGCCAGUUUACUAGGAGGAGUGCGUUUGAUUGUUGCAGAGCUCAAUGGCGGACAGAGUAGGAUAGUCGCGUUAACAUUGAGGACAAAAACGUUUUGACUGGGUGAGUUUCUGGCGUGACUAGCUCCGCCGCCGCAUGCCUCCCGGUGUAGCGGAUGGAACGGGCCCCACUGUGCAUCAACGUUUGAUAAAGAGCAGCUGCAUCUAUUUCCCACUCGCCCUCAAAACGCUAGCUUUCUUCAGUUCCCAUCCCGAGCGGAGAAGUUACACUGUUCAUGGUGGCUCACUAGAGGCAGCUAGCUUGUGAGCAAACCAUGGGGGACUCUCUCGAACUGAUCGGGAAGCGUCUGCUUUUGCUCCUUGAAGACGGCAGGUCCACGAACGGCUCCGAACAGGAGAAACCCGUGUGGGCCCGGGACUGGCUACGGGGAACUGUGCGGGCAGUGAGCGUCAUCGGCCUGUCCGCUCCGGAGGUUAGCGGAGGAGGGGAGGCGACAACAACAACCACCGCUGCAGGGCUGACGGUGUUUGUGGAGUUUGAAAAUGCCUUGCAGCGGUGCUCAUGGGUGCAGGUGUAUGAUGAGAUGGUGAAGGCCGUGUUGGUUGAGGACUCCAUUAUCUGGGCCAGCCGUGCUGACGGCAGCGGGACGGCGGGCGGUGCAGUGCCGACCUCAGCCUGGCCUGCUCUGGUUUUCCGCUCACUUGUGGACAGAGUGGGUUUAGGUGCACUGGUUCCAGUGGAGUAUUUUGGAAACAAGAAUUUUGAGUUCCUCCCUGAUAACAAAUCGGUGCAGAAGUUUGAGUUUGACAAAGACAUCAGACACUCUUUGCUGCUGGAGCAUCCCUCUCUGCAGGCCACCAUCUCCAGCUGGCGAACUGACUUUGAACUUCAGGAGAUCUUCAGAAAGGGUUCAUACACUAUCCAAGGGCGCAGGGUCCGUGUGUACCAGCCCGAGUUUGAAGACUGCUGGGCCUCUGGGCUGGUCUCGCAGCAUGACCCUAUCUCCCACAUCAUGGAGAUUACAAUGGAUAAGGGGGAAGAAACUCAGAUGGUUGAUCCUCGUGUGAUACAUGUCAUGCUAACAGAGGAGCUCGGUAAGAAUGGACGGCGACGAAAAGACAGUGAAACAAUGAAGGGAGAUGGUGGACGCAGACGUAGGACUGCUUCAGAGGGUGAGGAUGACUUGAACUUGAAGCGAUUUAAAGGAGCAGGAGAUUCUGAAACAGAUGCACAAAACUGUGGGGACUUGGACAAAACUCCAGUGGACGGGAUGGGGAUCUGGGCCGGAGACUCUGCCGAGCGAGUCAGCAGCACAACCAAAAACGGAUCCUCCUCAGAGGCAACCCCUCCUCAGGGGAGAGUGUCAUCUCCCAACACAAAUUCCUCAAUCCAGAUGGACCAAUCAAACGCUACUUCUCCUCGAUAUCCGGCCCAUGUCAAAGAAAAUGGCCGCACCCUCUCGACACAAGGCGCUGCAGACUCCACCACGACCAUUGCUCACACCCCAACCCCUCCUCCCCUUAAACCAGCCCCCUCUCCCUUCUCCACCACAUCUUUUCCCUCACUAGGCCAGAUGCCAAUCUUGGUCCCUGGGGCUCCGGCCCCCAAGGUUUCCUCAUCUCCUCAGCCAGACCGCGAGGAGGCCUGCCAGUCGGCUUACUCUAAAACGGCCGCACUCGUCUCACCGGGGCCUGUCACCAUUUCUUGGUCACAAGAAAGUGGCCCGAGUGUUGCACUGUCUGCAUCUGUGGGCUUCAGUUCUAAAGCACCUACAUGGGGAAGCCAGACUGAGGCCUCUAAAACAGCCUCGGGCUUUCGUUUGACCCAAGCCGUGGCCGCUGCUCCCGUAUUUGGCGACGUCACCUCUCAGAUUAACGGAGCCCCCAUCACUACCAUGGCCUCCCAGGACACGCCCAGACACUUUGGUUUUGGCUUCAGUGGAGCCAAGAAUGAGCAAGACCAAAACCUGUUUUUUCAGUGCAUGAGCCAGACCCCUGGCUCCAGCCCAAAUCUAACUGCUGGUCAGACCCAAACCAAGGACACAAACUUCUUUACCGCGGUGUCUGAGAGUCUGAGUAAAGAGCCCCCGAGUCUUUUCAAGCCAGCGACUUCCGCUGAGGGGCUGAAAAAGCCUGAGCAGCCCAAAGUGCCUGAGGCCCAUCCGGCGGGAAACGGGGUGUUCAACAUGUCGGCCUACCAGAGCGGCUCUCCAGGAGGACACAGUUCUAACUUAACAAUCGGAGGUCUUGGUGUGGUACCUGGUUCCCAAAGUGCAACAAAGAAGAAUAGUAACAAUGGAACUCCUGGAGGGGGAUUAGGGCUACACUCUAGUUUUAAUUCUUCAGACAGCCACCAGAACAUUUUUCUACAGGCCUCAAAAUCAUCUGCAAAUCCAUUUUUGGCAUAUGGCGAUAAAGUCUCCCACACACCUUUUGUGGGCCUCACUGGUACUGAACCACAGACCCUGGGUGCGACAUUAGACAGUAAGCCUAACCUUUUCAAUAUGACAGAGCAGUCUAAGGGGAUACUGUCCUCCACGUUUCCAGUACUUUCAGCGGCGGGUUCUGUCAGUUCUUCAUCCUCCUCUGCACCAUCUCAGAAUUUACAGAGUGAGGGGACUGUACCAAAAGAGGAGCAAGAAGCUUGCGAGAUGCCCACAUCCACCUCAGGCUGCCCAAUGUUUGGAAGUACUGGCCCUGGUGGAAUAGAUGAAGCGCCUGUGUCCUUUGACCAGAGCCAAUCUCAGAAAUUUAGCCUUGAAGAAAGAGGCCAGUCAUCUAAACAUGACUCGGAUUCUAGUAGCAACAGCGAUCUCUCAGAUCUUAGUGAGAAUGAGGAGGGGCUUGAGAAGGGCCAUGUGCCCGGAGGACCUCCUCAUCCUACCAAGGAUGGAGACAUUAUGCAGAAAGCUAAAGUCAAAGGAGCCCCUAAGAGCCGUCCACGGAACAAGCCUUUCAAAGUGGGUCAAUCUGUCCUGAAAGAUCAGAGCAAGGUGCGUCGUCUGAAGCAGUCUGGAGAGUCCUUUCUCCAGGAUGGCUCCUGUAUCAGCGUGGCCCCCCACUUGCACAAGUGCCGUGAGUGCCGAUUGGAGCGCUACCGGAAAUACCGAACCACAGACGAUGACAGCGAUGACGAAGACGACCCGAACGUGGCCUGCCGGUUCUUCCACUUCAGAAGGCUGGCGUUCACCCGCAAAGGUGUGCUGCGGGUAGAGGGCUUCUUAAGUCCUCAGCAGAGUGAUGCCAUGGCCAUGGGCCUCUGGCUUCCCGCACCAGCUGUCCAAGAGGGCCUUGACCUUGAUACAUCCAAGUACAUCCUGGCCAAUGUAGGAGACCAGUUCUGUCAGUUGGUCAUGUCUGAGAAGGAGGCCAUGAUGAUGGUGGAGCCUCACCAGAAAGUGGCGUGGAAACGUGCCGUCAGAGGUGUCAGAGAAAUGUGUGAUGUGUGCGAGACCACUUUGUUCAACAUCCACUGGGUGUGCCGCAAGUGUGGCUUCGGAGUUUGUCUGGACUGCUACCGGCUCCGCAGAAACAGGCCCCGGGAAGAUAUAGAUGAAACUCCAGAGGAUGAGGUUUUCUCUUGGUUAAAGUGUGCCAAAGGCCAACCUCACGAGCCACAAAACCUCAUGCCUACACAAAUUAUACCUGGGACAGCUCUUUACAACAUAGGGGACAUGGUGCACUCUGCAAGGGGCAAGUGGGGUAUUAAAGCUAACUGUCCCUGUGCCAGUCGACACACAAAGCCUCUAGUCCGGCCGACUGCCCCCAACGGCAUUUCCCAGCAGUCUGCAACGAGCAGUGGGGGUGGCCUUGCAGCUGCAGUCUCUGCCGCUGGCACCACUCCAAAAUCGGAGGCAGACUUGUCAGUUAUCAAAACAGAAUCCACACCGAUGACGAGGCCCUCGGACAGCGGGGGAGGGGAAUGCGUGGGUAGUACCAGUAACUCUACCACGGGCACCUGUAAUCUCACCCAGUCCUCUGCCAGGGACUCGCGCUCAUCGGGAGAGGGCAACAGCUCCGCUUUGCACUGGCUAGCAGACUUGGCUGCUCAAAAAGCCAAGGAUGACACAAAGGAAUCCAAUUCACUUCGCUCGGUGAUGAAUAGAGAAGGACGGCCUCCUUUUGGCCUGGACUCACUCAGUGCCCUCUCAAAGCCUUCUGCUUCCAGCCCUAAGCUAUUUAACAGCCUGUUACUGGGCCCCAGCAUGACCCAGUCAAAGCCUGAGGGAUCCAGUCUCCGGGACCUGCUCAAUUCUGGACCGGGCAAACUGCCUCAGGGCCCUGGAGAAAGCGGGGUACCAUUCCCCUCCGUUUUUACCUCAGCAAGUAGUGACAAACUGAAGAGCAGCCUACCAAACUUCCUGGAUCACAUCAUCGCCUCUGUUGUGGAGACUAAGAAAGCAGAGGGCCGGCGCUCUGGGACCUCUGAAAGUGGCGAACUUGGCGUGUUGGGGGCUCGUAAGGAUGGAGUCAUGGGCCUUAGUGUUUUGGAACCACAUACCUCGCACUCCUGGCUCUGUGAUGGGCGACUUCUUUGCCUACAGGAUCCCAGUAACAGCAACAACUGGAAGAUCUUCAGAGAAUGCUGGAAGCAAGGACAACCGGUGUUGGUGUCAGGGAUACAUAAACGGCUGAAGUCUGGGUUGUGGCGGCCUGAGGCCUUCAGUGAGGAGUUUGGAGACCAGGAUGUGGACCUGGUGAACUGUAGAAAUUGUGCUAUUAUUUCUGAUGUGAAGGUGCGGGACUUCUGGGACGGCUUUCAGGUUAUCCCCAAGCGACUGCAAGAUGCUGAAGGUAAGCCCAUGGUGUUGAAAUUAAAGGACUGGCCUCCAGGUGAAGACUUCAGGGACAUGAUGCCCACGAGGUUUGACGAUUUAAUGGAAAAUCUCCCUUUGCCUGAGUACACAAAAAGAGAUGGGCGUCUUAACCUGGCCGCCCGCCUGCCCAACUUUUUUGUGCGUCCUGACCUCGGACCAAAGAUGUACAAUGCCUAUGGCUUAAUCUCCACUGAAGACAGGAGGGUGGGAACCACUAACCUCCAUCUGGACGUGUCGGAUGCUAGGCAGAAAUCUCUGGACGCAAAGGUCAUGACCACCAUCGACGAGGGCGAUGUAGAUGAAAUGACAAAGAGGAGGGUGCACGAGGGAAAAGAGAAGCCCGGAGCACUCUGGCACAUCUACGCCGCCAAAGACGCAGAGAAGAUCCGAGAACUGCUCCGCAAGGUGGGAGAGGAGCAAGGCCAGGAGAACCCUCCAGACCACGAUCCCAUUCACGACCAGAGCUGGUACUUAGACCAAUUGCUGCGCCGCAGGCUUUAUGAAGAAUACGGCGUGCAGGGCUGGGCCAUCGUUCAGUUCUUGGGAGAUGCUGUGUUUAUCCCUGCUGGGGCCCCACACCAGGUACACAACUUGUACAGCUGCAUAAAGGUGGCGGAGGACUUUGUGUCUCCGGAACACGUGCGGCACUGUUUCAGACUGACACAGGAGUUCAGACACCUGUCCACAACUCACACAAACCAUGAAGACAAGCUACAGGUGAAGAACAUCAUCUACCACGCAGUGAAGGAUGCAGUGGGGACACUGAAGGCCCAUGAACCUAAACUAGCACGCCCCUAGUCCCCCCCCCAAACAACCAGCCACUGAAGAUCACUCCACUGCUCAGUGUCGAUCACACACCUACAUAUGUACAAGCUGCAGUGGGCAGAGUACAGGAAUCGUGUAGGUCAUUUGUGGCAAGGACAGUCUUUUGGGGGAAGGGGGGGGGUUGGGUUGGGUAAAAGAACAUUUCAUUUGG